AUGAAGCCAGCCCGAAGCUUCACAAUAGCCCUGCUCUCAGUCUAUGCCUCCGUCUCCCAGGCUUUCGUCACCGCGGUCGGCAAUGAAAACCGCGCACAACAACAACAGCAGCAACAAAACGCAAUAAUAGAGCAGCAGCCCUCGGCUCUAAGAUCGCACGCCCUUGACCAUGGAAAGCUCUCUGAUGUGAUAGCUGCGUCGCCAUUGCUAUCACUGCAUCGCGCCAUCUGUGAAAUCGAGUCGGUAACCGACAAUGAAGCCGCGGUGGGGGACUUGCUCGUCUCGAUCCUCGAAGCGCACAACUUUACGGUGCUCAAGCAGAGUGUGCCGCCGCCGUCGGAUUCGACCAAAGAGAGAUUCAACAUCUACGCGUACCCGGAUAUCUCGAAGUAUUAUGGAGGCUCCGCGGCGCCUGGUGCGGAGCGGGAUCUACCAAAAGUGCUCCUGACUUCGCACAUUGACACGGUCCCGCCACAUAUCCCGUACUCGUUGUCUCUCCCCAAGAAGGGCAAUGACCUGGGGACGUCUACGUCGUCUUCUUUGUCACACCAGGACAUACUCAUCUCCGGGCGCGGCACGGUCGACGACAAAGCCUGCGUGGCCGUCCAAGUCCAAGCUGCACUGGACCUGCUCUCGGACCCCGCCGCUGCCACCAGCAUCUCCCCCUCUGACAUCGCUUUGUUGUUUGUGGUGGGCGAGGAAAAGAGGGGCGACGGUAUGCGCCACUUCUCCUCGUCGCAGCUCUACAACCGCACUCGCGACAAUUACAAAGCCAUCCUCUUCGGAGAGCCUACAGAGGGCAAAUUGGCGACUGGUCACAAGGGGAUCGAGAUGCUCACUCUCCGCGCACAUGGGAAGGCGGCGCACAGCGGUUAUCCCUGGCUAGGUAGGAGUGCGAAUAGCAUGAUCCUGCCCGCGCUUGUGGUUCUGGAUAAAUUGGGAGAUACACCCGAAGAGGACGGCGGACUGCCCAGGAGCGACAAGUACGGGAAAUCUACGGUGAAUGUGGGGUUUAUGCAGGGAGGUGUGGCGGGCAAUGUUGUCCCCGAAUAUGCCAUGGCCGACGUGACGUUCAGGCUUGCAGGCGGGACGGUGCCAGAUGUGCGCAGAAUCGUCACGAACGCAGUACGAAAGGUCGAUCCGGAAGGGCUGUUGGAGUUGGAGUUCUCCCAGGGGUACGGGCCGGUGCCGUUGGACGCAGAUGUAGAGGGAUUCGAGAAGAUCACCGUGAACUACGGGACGGAUGUGCCCAAUCUCGAUGUCGAGGACGGGGUCAAGAAGUAUUUAUAUGGACCGGGGAGUAUUCUCGUCGCGCAUGGUAAGGAUGAGGGACUCACGGUAGGGGACAUGGAGGAGGCACUGGAAGGGUACAAGCAGUUGGUGAUGCAUGCGUUGAAAUUGUAA